AUGCUCUCUCUCUCUCUCUCUCCGUCUCCUUUGCUCGAGCUCUCUCCGCCUUCCUUGCUUUCUGUCUCUAUACAUUUCGGUUGCACUCUCGCUCUCUUCCCCGCCGUAGCUCUCUCAAUCUCUCCGCCUCCCUUGCUCUCUCUCUCUCUAUGUCCCCCUCGCUUGCUCUCUCUCUCUCUCUGUCCCCCUCGCUUGCUCUAUCUCUCUCUCUGUCCCCCUCCCUUGCUCUCUCUCUCUCUAUCUCUCCGCCUACCCCGCAUUCUCGCUCGCUGCCGCAUUCUCUCUCUCGCUCGCUGCCGCAUUCUCUCUCUCGCCCUGCCGCAAUCUCUCUCUCUCGCUCUGCCGCAUUCUCUCUCUCUCUCGCUCUGCCGCAUUCUCUCUCUCUCGCUCUGCCGCAUUCUCUCUCUCUCGCGAUGCCGCAUUCUCGCUCGCUGCCGCAUUCUCUCUCUCGUCCUGCCGAAUUCUCUCUCUCGCUCUGCCGCAUUCGCUCACUCUCGCUCUGCCGCAUUCUCUCCCUCUAUCGCUCUGUCACAUUCUCUCCCUCUCUCUCUCUCACGCCCUGCCGCAUUCUCUCUCACGCCCUGCCGCAUUCUCUCUCGCUGUCCCCCUCCCCUGCUGUUUAUCCUUCUCCGCCUCCCUUGCUCUCUAUCUCUCUGUCCCCCUCCCUUGCUCUCUAUCCUUCUCCGUCUCCCUUGCUCUCUCUCUCUCUGUCCCCCUCCCUUGCUCUCUAUCCUUCUCCGCCUCCCUUGCUCUCUCUCUCUCUGUCCCCCUCCCUUGCUCUUUAUCCUUCUCCGCCUCCCUUGCUCUCUCUCUCUCUGUCCCCCUCCCUUGCUCUCUAUCCUUCUCCGCCUCCCAUGCUCUCUCUCUCUCUCUGUCCCCCUCCCUUGCUCUCUAUCCUUCUCCGCCUCACUUGCUCUCUAUCUCUCUGGCCCCCUCCCUUGCUCUUUAUCCUUCUCCGCCUCCCUUGCUCUCUCUCUCUCUGUCCCCCUCCCUUGCUCUCUAUCCUUCUCCGUCUCCCUUGCUCUCUCUCUCUCUGUCCCCCUCCCUUGCUCUCUAUCCUUCUCCGCCUCACUUGCUCUCUAUCUCUCUGUCCCCCUCCCUUGCUCUUUAUCCUUCUCCGCCUCCCUUGCUCUCUCUCUCUCUGUCCCCCUCCCUUGCUCUCUAUCCUUCUCCGCCUCCCUUGCUCUCUCUCUCUCUGUCCCCCUCCCUUGCUCUCUAUCCUUCUCCGCCUCACUUGCUCUCUAUCUCUCUGUCCCCCUCCCUUGCUCUUUAUCCUUCUCCGCCUCCCUUGCUCUCUCUCUCUCUGUUCCCCUCCCUUGCUCUCUAUCCUUCUCCGCCUCACUUGCUCUCUAUCUCUCUGUCCCCCUCCCUUGCUCUUUAUCCUUCCCCGCCUCCCUUGCUCUCUCUCUCUCUGUCCCCCUCCCUUGCUCUCUAUCCUUCUCCGCCUCCCUUGCUCUCUCUCUCUCUCUGUCCCCCUCCCUUGCUCUCUAUCCUUCUCCGCCUCCCUUGCUCUCUAUCUCUCUGGGGGCGACUGUUCCAUCACCGCACUUGGCGUCAUCCCUUGUGACAGUCCAGUACACUCCAGAUUCGUCAAGGUAUUCCAACCCGCUUGCGCUCCUCCUCAACCCCUUUCUCUCUGCCCCAUCUGCAAUCACACUGCCCCAUCUGCAAUCACUCUGCCCCAUCUGCAAUCACACUGCCCCAUCUGCAAUCACACUGCCCCAUCUGCAAUCACUCUGCCCCAUCUGCAAUCACACUGCCCCAUCUGCAAUCACACUGCCCCAUCUGCAAUCGCUCUGCCCCAUCUGCAAUCACUCUGCCCCAUCUGCAAUCACUCUGCCCCAUCUGCAAUCACUCUGCCCCAUCUGCAAUCACUCUGCCCCAUCUGCAAUCACUCUGCCCCAUCUGCAAUCACUCUGCCCCAUCUGCAAUCACUCUGCCCCAUCUGCAAUCACUCUGCCCCAUCAGCAUUCUCUCUGCCCCAUCUGCAAUCACUUUGGAAUCUCUGCAUUUUCAUUCCACCAAUCUGCAUUCUCUCUGCCCCAUUCGCUCCCUCUCUGCCCAAACCUCCCUUCCUCUGCCCCAUCCGCCUUCUCUCUGCCCAUUCCUCGCAUUCUCAGCCCCAACCGCUUUAUCUCUGCCCAAUCCCCGCCCUCUCUGCCCCAUCUUCUCCCCCCAAUUUCAGAUGAACUACCUCUGCCCCAACUGCAAGCGAUUCUCCUUUUUGACCCGGGCUGGCAUGGAGAGUCACAUGCGCGGUUCAACCUGCCCUGCCAACAUUGCCAUGUCGCAUCAACCCUACUUCACAAGCAACCAUAG